UGUGAAGCUGGAGCGGGAGAAGCAGCUGAGACAGGUGGAAGGUGUGACUGGCUGUUUAUGAAUGUGGAGGAGACAGCAAAGGCUGAGGGCGUGAAGACAAGAAGGAGAGAAGCGAAGGGAGGAAGGGGGAGUCUGCCCAGAGCCGGAGGAGCUGAGGGAAGGAGAGGAGGAGGAGGAGAGAGGAGGAGAAGGAUGUCUGAGAGGAUCGCUUCGUGCGGGAACCUGUGUGACAGCACCAACCUGCUGCUACAGUAUUGCAACAACGAUGACACGGUGUCGGCCAGCAGCAACAUGGACAUGGAGGACAGAGUUUCUCAUCUGGAACAGAGGCUGCAGCUGCAGGAGGAUGAAAUCCAGCUGCUGAAAGCAGCCUUAGCUGAUGCUCUGCGCCGCCUGGGUUCCUGUGAGGAGCAGGGGACGCCUGCAGGGGGUGCUCAUGCUGGGAGGAGACCGCUGGCUACUACAACUUCAGCGCCUUCUACCAAGGUUCGCCAGCUUCUGCAGGCCCUUCCUUCCAGACCUCUGAGUAAUGGCUACGUUCAACAGAAACGCCUCCUUUCCUCGCCCUCAUCUCCAAAGAAAGAGGUGCUGCAGUCUAUUAAGAGGAAGAGCAUGUCCACAGAGAGACUCACCCUGAUUAGAAGAGAGAUGGCAGCAGAGAGUCGGAGUCGAACCACCUCCUCCAGCAGCUCCUCUGGUGGAAAAAGCAAAUCCAAAGAAUGCACCUACAAUGCAGAGGACGGCUAUGUGAGGAUGUUCCUCCGCGGUCGUCCUGUCACCAUGCACAUCCCUGACCAGCAGAAGGAGGGCUACAGCCUGGACCAGAAGGUGGCGCUCCCGGACAAGAAGCUGAAACUUCAGUGGGUAUACGGCUACCGCGGCCGCGACUGCCGCUCUAACCUCUACCUGCUGCCCACCGGGGAGAUCGUCUACUUCAACGCCUCAGUGGUGGUGCUGUACAACACAGAGGAGCAGCAGCAGAGACAUUACCUGGGACACAACAACGACGUGAAAUGCCUGAGUGUUCAUCCUGACAUGGUUACCAUAGCAACAGGUCAAGUGGCUGGAAACUCCAAGGAUGGAAAGCUGCUCGCUCCCCACGUCCGCAUCUGGGAUUCUGUGAGCCUCAACACGCUCCAUGUGAUCGGGAUGGGGGUGUUCGACAGGGCAGUUACCUGUGUUUCUUUCUCGAAGUCGAAUGGUGGUUCCUUCCUCUGUGCUGUGGAUGAUGCCAACGACCACAUCCUGUCAGUCUGGAACUGGCAGAAAGAGAAGCAACUUGCUGAGGUUAAAUGCUCCAAUGACUCUGUGCUGGGCGCCGUGUUUCAUCCCAUGGACACUAAUCUGAUCGUCACCUGUGGAAAAUCCCACAUCAACUUCUGGACCAUGGAGGGAACCACGCUAACCAAGCGACAGGGACUGUUUGAGAAACAUGAGAAACCAAAGUAUGUGCUGUGUGUGGCUUUUGCUGAAAACGGAGACGCCAUCACAGGAGACUCCAGUGGUAACAUCUACAUCUGGGCCAAAGGUAGCCUCCCAAUCACCCACCUGGAAACCUUAAGCUCAGUGCUCAUUGAUGAUCACUCUACAAAUACAGAAACAUCCAACAUGUCUGCUGUCCUCUCUGCUCUGUCAGGCGGGAACCGCAUCAGCCAGGUGGUUUCAGGUGCGCAUGAAGGGGGCAUUUUCUCCGUCUGUGUCCUGAAGGAUGGUACCAUGGUGACCGGAGGUGGGAAAGACCGCAAGGUGGUGCUGUGGGACCACAGCUACAAGAAACAGGCUGAGAUGGAGGUGGCUGAAUCCCUGGGCCCUGUCAGGGCUUUGGCUGAAGGGAAACCAGGUGAACUUUUCGUUGGAACCACCAAGAACGCCAUCAUCAGAGCGGCCUUCCCCGAUACCUUAACCCCUAUAGUACAGGGUCACACAGAUGAGCUGUGGGGUCUGGACAUCCAUCCCUCCAUGGAGCAGUUCGUUACCUGCUCACAGGACAGACUGGUUCACCUCUGGGACACCCACAGCCACCAGCCCCUCUGGAGCAAGACCAUUGAGGAUCCAGGAAGGUCUGCAGGUUUCCAUCCCAGUGGAGCUGUUCUGGCUGUGGGCACCAUGACUGGAAGGUGGUUGGUGCUGGACACCGACACUCGCGAUCUAGUUUCUAUGCACACAGAUGGCAACGAGAUCAUUUCAAACAUCAAAUACUCUCCAGAUGGUAACUUUCUGGCCGUCGGCUCUCAUGACAACUUUGUCUACAUCUAUGCUGUGAGCGAGAACGGCAGGAAGUACAGCCGCGUGGGGAAAUGCACUGGUCACUCCAGCUUCGUCACCCACCUGGACUGGUCCAAAGACAGCCAAUAUCUCGUCACCAACUCAGGAGACUACGAGAUCCUCUUCUGGGAGGCAUCCAAUGGCAAACACGUGACCAACAUGGACAUUGUGCGUAACCUGGAGUGGGCCACUUCUACCUGCACUCUGAGCUUCAACGUCUUUGGAGUUUGGCCAGAUGGAGCAGACGGCACAGACAUCAACGCCGUGUGCAGGUCACAUGAUGGAUCCCUGCUGGCCUCUGCUGAUGACUUUGGCAAAGUGCACUUGUUCUCCUUCCCCUGCUCCCAACCAAGGGCUCCAAGUCAUGAGUACGGCGGCCACAGCAGUCAUGUGACCAACGUUGCCUUCCUGCACGACGACAGUCACCUGAUCUCCACCGGCGGGAAAGACACCAGCAUCCUCCAAUGGGUCGUUGCCUAGAGACCACCUCGACCAUGUCCAACCCCGCACUCGCAUCUUCACCGUUAUAUCCUUCCCUGCCAACAGGUGGCAGCACCCCUCUGUGCCUACUGGAACAUAAAUUACAGCAAUGUUCCACAGGGGUCAAUGCAGACCACAAUAAUCAGUAGUGAUAAACGUGAAACGUUUAUGAAAGAGAAUUUAGGUUUUAGUGAUGCGGAAAUGUGAUAUUAUCUGGUUUCCAGCUGGAUGGUGAAGAUGGGGACCACAUGACAUGCCGGUGAUUUCUCACAUUAGUACUUCCUGUGCCUGAACCGUCUUCAUCUUAAUCCCCUUUAAAUGGAACUCCACCUUUUUUAGAAGGCACACUUUGGGCUAAAUGGGGCUCCUUUAUUAUGAAGCACUUCUAAAUGCACAUUUCUAGUUCUGGUUACACCUAAAUUCUUCUAUCAUACUUUAUUCAAUAUGAUAGAAAAACCCCAAAAGAACCGCACUUCAUUUAUUUUGUUUGGGCACAAAUGCAGUCUAUUAUUCUGAGCAUGCACGGGUCUCUCCUUUAACUGAAAACUACAGUUUCACCUUUAAACUUGAAACAAACUCUUGCAGGGAUUUAGUAAAGUAGAAUGUAAUUUUAUCAGUUUUAAAUUCCAAAGUUGGAGAGAUUGGUGUGUUUUUUAGAAAAAAUUGACUGACCUGAAAAUGAUGUUGGAUCGUAAAACAGCUGGAGUUCCCCUUCAACUACUGAGGAUGACCCCUUUGUCUUGUUCUCUUCCACUUAUCCGUCAGCUUGAUUUCCCCUUGUCCUGUUGAGGUGAAGAUUGUUCCUAAAUGUUCAUCUGUUGCUUUAGGAGAUGAGCAGUAUAAAGUGUCUGUUUCAUUUCAACCCUCUCUCCCCAUGCUGCUGUGUUUUGAUUGUACUACUGUAACUGUGCUGAGAUGGCACUAGGUGGCGCUGCAGUGCAAGAGAAUGAGCAUGACUGAGGCUGCCCUCCUGCUGUAGAUGCUCCUAAUGUCUGUAAUCUUCUAUACUCCACAGUAGAUUUGAGUGACCGUGUUAUUUUAAUAUUUAUCUCUAACAAUAAUGGAUGUUAAUAUAAUUGUGGCACUUUUAGCUGUGGACAGAAAUAAUAUGUAGGCUGCUGUGCUGUUGCAGUGAGCUGUGCUUUGCCUUCUGCUUUGCUAAUAAAUUUUUUUUUUUACCCAAA